AUGACCGCUGCAGGAGUUGUCAGCAGCACAGCAUUACGCAUUGUCCAUCGUACAUGGAUUGACUAUUGGGAACGUUCACCGCACUACCCAGCCACCCCACACACUUCAAGCUGGCACAUAGAUCCCCGAUCCGUCAGAGUCGGAGGGAUGAUGAUGAUAUGGUCCAAUCAACUCAAAGUAUUAUGUGUUGAUGCAUUAAUGCAGCUAGUUUGUGUUACUCGAUUCCACGAGAUCGAUGCGUGCGGAGUCUGGGAUUCAAGUUUGAUUAUUACGGGACGUUUUUGCAAUUUUGCAGCAACGAUUGCAACUAUUACAACUGCUACCCAUAUUAUUGUUAUCAAGUUUCGAGAUCAACUCGUUUUACAUUUUCAUUUCCAUUCAUUUCCUGACACCCUACAAAUACCAAUAAUGAGUUCACUGUGGUCCCGUCUCAACAUCUUAUCGGCUCUUUCUCCAAAACAGUCUUGCCGUAGUGUGCAAAACACUAUUCCCCAACCAACCAAUGCUUGUGAAAAUGCACCACACCUUGCCGAAGCAAGCAUGAAUCCAGAAAGUUCAAAUCAGGAAAACAUAUACACUGAUAUGUAUACAUCCAGCCCAAUCAGUCCAAUCAGUGCAAUCAGUACAGUCAGUCCAAUCAAUGAUUCAAGAAUCCCUACUUCACCAAUCUCGUCCCUGAUUGAGGCAGCUAGGAUACUGCAGUCUGGAAAGCAAUGCGACUCUACAGUAUCAACCAUAUAUACUGCAGAGUCCAUUGCACCAGAUUCAGCAGUGACUGGCCAUUCAUCAGGACCCGUUGAGCAUUAUACCGAUGCUCAAGCAUCUAUGCUGUCAUACAGCUAUGCUAAACGGGUUUUGGCGUGUGACAAACCGCCUUUUGAAACUCGGUAUAAAGCUGACCAGAUGAUGUACACAAGCAGUAAGCUUCCCGGUGAAGCUGAUAGAUCAAAAGUGUGGCAGCCCAUGUCAUCACUGAGGGAUUCUAUCAGCUUCCGGGAAGUUUACCGAAAGCAAGGGUUCCUGCGCGAGUUACCCAUAGGUCGCCAGUUAUGCAACAUAUUGUUGUCGAAUAACUCGGUGGACAUGGUUGACUCGAUGGAGCAAUGCAACCGGUCGGAUGUCUCGAUGGACAUAACCGAACCGGUUGCGAAUUGCUCCGGGAUUCCCAUGGACGUCGAAAAUCCCAUGGAUUUUGACGUGUACAUGGAUGACACCGACAUCCCCGUGGGUGUCGAGGAUCUGCCAGCACCUACAUUUCCAGGUAUUGAGGUUGACCUCAUGCCGGGAGUGCGCAUUCUGGUGGAUACUGUCAAAGUUCCACGCCUUGCUGAGACUCUUCAGCAUCUUUCCCAAACCGGGGCAGGGUUUGAAAAGAUUCUGGAGAGUCUGAUUGCUGCAUAUGAAGAUGGAUAUCAUAUGCAGCAACAGCAAGGAACCCAGAAUGCUGGCAGCUCCGAGUCUUUUUUGGCUGAGCGACCAAAAAAGACGGUCCGAUUCGCUCUGGAUGACGCUCCAUCCAAACCACUAAAUACUACAAAUGCGUGUGAUCCGGUAAAGGACACACUGGCAGGAGUGGAGCAGCCAAGCGUCAAGUCCAAGUCCAAGGCUGGAAAAAAAAUGCCCAAACUUGCAAAGCAGACCGAGCUGAAAAAGGCUCGUGGGUCUGUCAAGCGGGUCAAGCCGGAGCAGGUCUCCAAGUUGGUCAAGCAGACCAAGCCAAAAAAUACUUGGUCUGCUAAAGUAGCACCAACCUUGCAAGACGUUGCAAAGUUGGAGUUACUUAACCAACAGCGAGACCUGCGAGCGGCGCGGCGGCGCAACACGAGCAGUGCUCCUGUCAUUGAUACUUGUAUCAAGGAGCGAUCUUCCAAAAAACGGAAGAUCAACUGCGAGGUUGACGCAGAUCAACCCCAUCCUCCGCGAAAUCCAAAGCGGAGAUGGAUGAUCUAA